UGCGCGUUUACAAGUGUUAUACUGCUCUGUUUUUACGCACUGUUUAGUACAAUAGCGUGUGGUUUGAGACGAGAGCACCUGAGCCCCCCUUUAUAGCACACCUGGCCCCCGGGGACGGCUUCCACUGACCGGAAGGAGAGAGACAGAGGGAGAGAGAGAGGGAGAGAGAGAGAGAGAGAGAGAGAGAAGGGAGUGCGAGAGGAACAGCUUUCUGUACCUGUUGUCCAAGCAAAAAAGCUCCUUUUUACCCAAAAUCUAAAAGCGGUGUGACUCUGGGGACGCGCUAAAUGUCAACUGGACGCGGUGAGAAAAAUCUCACUUUAGUUUCUUUGCUUAUUUCUUCAGGACUUCAAACAGAAAGACACCUGCUGCUGAAAAAGGUGAACUGAGUUACACAGGGGAGAUUUUGGGGGGCGACCCGCAGCGUCGUGGUUUCCUUUCAUUUUUCUCCGUUUUUUCUUUGCGAAGGGAGAUGACAGAGAAAAAGAUCGGAGCACCAGGGAUGGCGCUGUGUAGCCGGUGGCGAGCCGCCGUGGCUGUAUGUGUGACCGCUGUGGUCCUGGCUGGACUGGGAGCCGCAAUCUGGGCCCUGGCUACGUACAUAAAGACAGCAGAAGACAUGGGUUUAUAUGACGUGCAGGUGAGCGUGGCGGACCAGAGACUGCGGGCGUUUGACUCCACCCAGCGGAGGUGGAGACACGUCUGCUCAUCCAGCGCCAACCAGCUGCUCGCCUCCAUCAGCUGUGAGGAGAUGGGCUUCGUCAGGGCAAUAAAUUUCUCCGUCACGUGCGCUCCUGACAGCAGCAGCAGCAGCCACGAGUUCUUCUGCGUGAAAGAGAGCGAGUUGACCUACGGCAAGAAGAUCAGCACCGCGCUCUACCCGUGUACAUGUGAAAAAGGACAGAUUGUUCAAGUGCUUUGUCAGGAUUGUGGCCGGCGUAUGCUUCCUGAGGAGCGGAUUGUGGGAGGUGUAGAUGCACGUCAGGGCUCGUGGCCGUGGCAGGUCAGUCUGCAGUAUGAUGGAGUUCACCAGUGUGGAGGAUCCAUCAUAUCAGACCGCUGGAUUGUCAGUGCUGCACACUGCUUCCCUGAGAGAUAUCGUCACGUGUCGAGGUGGAGGGUUUUGAUGGGUUCCAUCUACAACACACCCAUCCAUAAGAACGUGGUGAUCGCCGAGGUGAAGACGGUGGUUUAUCACAGCAGUUACCUGCCCUUCGUCGACGCUAACAUCGACGACAACAGCCGCGAUAUCGCCGUGCUCUCGCUCACGAAGCCUCUUCAGUUCACCGACUACAUCCAGCCCGUGUGUUUGCCGACCUACGGCCAGCGGCUGGUGGACGGUCAGAUCGGCACGGUGACCGGCUGGGGAAACGUCGAGUAUUACGGCACACAGGCGGCGAUCCUCCAGGAGGCUCACAUUCCCAUCAUCAGUGAUGCCGUCUGUAACGCCCCUGAUUACUAUGACAACCAGGUCACCACCACCAUGUUUUGCGCUGGUUACGAGAAAGGAGGAACCGAUUCCUGUCAGGGAGACAGCGGUGGUCCGUUCGUAGCAGCUGACUGUCUGUCCAAAACGAGCCGCUACAGGCUGCUGGGCGUAGUGAGCUGGGGGACGGGUUGUGCCAUGGCAAAGAAACCCGGCGUCUACACACGAGUGUCCCGCUUCCUGCCCUGGAUCUCCAGCGCCAUGAGGACUUAUGAAAAUUCCCCCGGAGUCCAUAAAAUGGCUCGUGCAGCCACAGCGUAGGACACCUGAGACUCGAAGCUGUCAGAAAAGGCCGCGAUCAGGUCUGUGAUGGACGUCACGAAGUCCCCGAGACCAAAACAGUUGAUCAGAAAGAAGUCAAGUCUCCUGACUGACACUCAAACUGAAGCCUUUCAGUCAAAUGUUCAUUUUGUCCAGCGGCUGUAAUUCAGUAAUUAUAAAAUGCCACAGUUUAGAGGACGAGUCUACAGAAACGUCUAAUGAAGGGUUUAUAGGGUGGGUUUUAUUCAGACUUUAUACACUCACAGUAAAAAAGGUACUCAAUUUACGUUUGUAGAGGUGCUCGAAUAAAUCAUCAGACCUGCGUCCGAGCUCGUUUUAUACACAGUACUAUAAUACUAAACUAUAAUGUACGUCCAUACAGUAAUACAGUUAAUAAUAAAUGAAUUAUAGAUGUUUUAGAUGUAAAUCUGAGCAUAAACACGUUUAAUUCAGCUCAGUUUAGUUCAUUUGUAAAUGUCUACAGAUUUUAACAACGUCAUCACGAAGCAUCUUUAGAGAAAUCCACUUUUUAUUAACGAAACCAAAGGUCAAAGGUCAAAUAAACCAAGCGAACUACGUUGUGAAAGAUUUGUUUUUUAAUUCUGCUUUUUUUUUUUAUCGAGUUCCUGUUUGUCAAUAGAGAAACUCAGCAUUGCUCAGAUUCACGAUAAAUGUUGGCACCUCUGUUUUUAUUAGUCAACCUUUAAAAAUGAAACCCUAACAACAUAAAUCAUAAAGUUUUACAUGGAAACGAAAGGAACCCCAGCGACAAGGCACCGUUACAGUAAGUACCUUUUUUGUUCCUGCGAGUGUUCGUGCGAAUUCAGAAACUGGACAAAGAUUUUUUUUGUUUACUUUCAGGAAAAUCUGAAUGACAAGAACAAUUCAUAAAUCAUCUGUUGUGUGCAGGUUUUAAUAAAUGUACACUAGGCUUGUGCGAUGUUGGUUUUGACGGACAGACAUGUCAGGUCUGAGGAGGAGAUGAUGUGCUGUAAUAUCAUCAGCUGUAGUCAGGAGCCGACUGGAGGCAGAGGCAAGUGACAGCUUCUCAGCUGGAGGUGGCUUUAAAGGUGCGGUGCACGAUGUUUGAAAGCCAAUGUUGACAUUUGAAAUCACCAAAACAAACACGGCCCUAACCCAAAUGGGUGUCGCCCCUGUUUUGAUAGCUCCGCCCCACACAUACAUGGUAUACAAGGGAGCCUAGUGGUUAAGGUGUUGGGCUACCAAUCGGAAGGUUGUGAGUUCAAUUACUACGUUCACCAAACUGCCACUGCUGGGCCCCUGAGCAAGGCCCUUAACCCUCAAUUGCUCAGUUGUAUAAAAAAAAAAAAAUGAGAUAAAAUGUAAGUCGCUCUGGAUAAGGGCGUCUGCUAAAUGCUGUAAAUGUAAAUGUACAGUAAAUACAUACGUAACCCAGGCAACUAUUAUGGCGGAACCUGCUGGGGCGGCUGGCAGAGGGGAUAUUUUUAUCAAUAAAUGAACACAAUGAGUAAUACUAUGGUAAUACACAUGUGUGUUUGUAGUACUGUGUGUUGUAGCGUAAAAGGUUUAUCUCCGUUUCACGCCGAAAACGACGUUCGACACCUAGAACCCGAGGCAGAGGUAACGGCAGGUAUCCGCCAUGUCAAUGUUUCAAUCACUUUCUGCUAAUGUCACACAUGCGCACUGAACACUCUCUCUGCCGCAUAUGGACAAGACACGCCCCUUUCUGCUCAUUGGCUACACGUUUGUUUUGUUCGUCGGCCCGACCCGGUUUUCUGAAACAUUUUUCAAACAUCGUGCACCGCACCUUUAAGGUGACUCUGCGUUGUGUAACAUUACAUUUCUGUUCUAAUCCUCAUUUGUUAUCGUCGUCUUAUUCCAUACGGCCGACAUGUUCACUGACGCUGCUGCUCUUAGUGCUGAAACUGGAAAGAAAGCAAAAGAAAAUGAUAUAUACAGUAUAUAUUUUUGUAAAUGAUUAAAUUUGACACUCUGUUAUAGAUUUAUUUCUAUUUGAGUCAUUAUUUUUCUUCAUUUUUUUCUUCUCUAACAUCAAAUGAAAUUACUUUUAUUAAGAAUGACCUGAAAAUAAAUAAAGUCACGUUUAACGUACAUGGAUUUUAUGUCAUGCAACUCCAUUUACUGAGACAGGAAGUGAUGACGCCUUGGUUGGGGUACGAUCUGGGGUAAGUGGGCGGGGCUUUUCAAUUUUCAAAUUGGCUCCUUUGCUGUUUUAUCAGAGAGGAAAAGACAACUUGAUAAUAUAAUGUGAUAUAAUGUGGCGUUAUAUAAUAAGAGCAGAUAUCGGGGCAGCGUAAUAUCACGUGGAGACGUUUAUAUGGUUAUAUCGCACAAGCCUAGCGUAUAGUCACUCAGUUUAAUGAAGGAAUAUCAGAGAGGUUUACGUCACUGUGACGGUGUAGAGAGCUGUGACACGGAAUUAAACAGUUACAGAGCGAUUUCACUAUAAGAUCAAUUAUAAACCAAGAGUUAAAGACUUGGUUUGGAAAUGAAAUGGAUUAUUAAGUUUAUGAAAUCUGCACAUCUGCACUGUUGUUUUUCUGAACAUUUUACUGUUUUGGUUUUCAGUCUGGACCUAAAAAGAUUGGCUGCAGUGUUGAAAAAAAAACCCCUUUAUAUAUCCUGUGUUUCUCUUCUUUUAUUGUUAUUCUUUUCUUUUCUUUUCUUUUCUUUUCUUUUCUUUCUUACCGGCUGUGGAAUAGCAGUAAUAUAAACCAAAGACUGCUUCAUUUAGCCGCAGUAGUAUUAAAGCGGCGGUCAGUAUUUUUGCUUGUUACUUGUGUUUAUUUUUGUAAAUAUACAGUAAAAAUCUUCCGCUAUGCAACAUCGCUGUUUAAUUGUUACUAGGUUGUAUUUCUGAUUGUAUUGUCAGUUGUGAAAGCUGUAAUUUACUGUAGCUGUAACUACACACUGUUUAUUGUUCUGUAUUUAAUAUAAUUCACAGCACAAUUUACACAGAAAAAUCAAAUCAAUGUGGAAUAUUUACCGGAGCUUUAUAUUUAAAGCAGAUUGAUGUACAAGGUCAUAAUUUCCCAUGAGCCUUCCUUCUCUUAUUGUUAUAAUAAUGUGUAUUUGUGUGCACUUUCUAUCCUUUAUGUUCAUGAGAGUUGAGUAAUUGAUGUGAAUACGUUGUACAUGACUGAGAUUCUGACUGCUGACCUCUUUAAUGUUUCAUAUAAAUGUCAUUUUCACUGGAAAUGUUACAACCACGGGCAUUGAAAUAAAGUCUUAAUUUUAAA